AUGGAAUAUAGUGUGGCAAAAGAUGCAAUCUUCUGUUUGAAUUGUUAUCUUUUCAAACCCGAUUAUGGUGACCAAGCAGGUGGUGAAGUUUUUGUGAAUAAGAGAUAUAAUAACUGGAAAGAUAAAGCAAAUGUGAAAAAACAUGUUGGUGAUCAUUCGAGUACUCAUAACCAAUGUCAUGCCAAGUGUGUUGAUUUGAUGAACCAAAGGCAACACAUCGAUGUAAAUCUUGCUUACAUGUCGAAAAAGAGCAAAUUGGACUAUUGCAUUCACUUGAAUGCGUUAAUUGAUUGCAUUCACUUGAAUGCAUUAAUUGAUUGCAUUAGAUUCCUUUUACAUCAAGGAUUAGCAUUUCGUGGUCAUGACGAGUCGAUUGAAUCUGAAAAUCAAGUGAAAGAACAAAUGGCUAUUGUUUUUCGCUAUGUGGACAAAAUAAGUUGUGUUAUUGAACGUUUUAUUGGGAUUGUUCAUGUUAAGAAUACUUCUACAAAGUCUUUGAAAAUUGCAAUAGAUGCCCUUUUUGUAAAGUAUGGAUUGAGUUUGACAAGUUUACGGGGGCAAGGUUAUGAUGAAGCAAGCAAUAUGAGGGGUGAGUUUAAUGGUUUGAAGACUUUGAUAUUGAGAGAAAAUAAAUUUUCUUUCUACAUUUAUUGUUUCUCUCAUCAACUCCAAUUGGCGCUAGUCAAAGUUGUAAGUAAACAUUCAGCAUUGGGUGAAUUUUUUCAAACUCUUUCUAUGUUAUCAAACACUGUAGCAGCAUCUUACAAGUGCAGAGAUCUUCUACGUGAUAAACAGUAUGAAUAUGUGAUAUCUUUGAUUUCUAAUGGUGAUAUUCUGACGGGACGCGGUUUGAAUCAAGAAUGCACUAUUAAACGACCAGGAGAUACACGUUGGGGUUCACACAUAGGGAAAAUUCAUAGUGUCAUAAACUUAUUUUCUUCUGUUGUUGGUGUGCUCAGAAUGAUUGGGAUUGAAGGAGAUGAUUAG